UGGCUGGCCGUCGUGAAUGAAAGCAAGCAUCUUCCCGUUGCUGUACACGUCUCCGUACGUGGCCGUGUACAUAAGUGCGUGCAAGACAACUCGGUUCGCGUUGUCAGCCAUGUUUUAUAGCGUAACAACAAAAGAAGUUCUGUAGCGCACGCAUGACUGAUCUAAAUAAUUUGACUGGCCGAGUGAGAUUCACACAGUCCGACUCAGGAGUUCCCACGCCUUCUUUGACAUCGGCAAAGCGCAGAUGAGUAAGACAAAGAAAGUGAGUGCACGUUGAGUUGUAGUAGCGUAUGAUCACUGCGUGUAUGUAAAUGAUCACGAUCGGUAAAUGGUAUUCUACUGACGUAGAGUAAGAAGAGCACAGGACACCGGAUCGUCGGAGAAAGGACAGCUGGUUCGUAGUGACACCCGUUCGAUAUACGCCUUGCUUACUUCGCAGCACAUGUACUUAUGGCUAUUCAGUAUUCUAACUGCACCGACACUUCGUCUAUUUUACGUAAAGUAGAAGAAAUGGAAUUGGAGUUCUAUGGCGAUCUAGUUAACCCCAAACAGGAUUUCAUCUUUGGUAGAAUCAUGUCCGCCAUGGCUAUAACUGCAAAUGAAACGAAAGCACAGAGGCUGGUGUCAAUGGCCGCCUUCAAGGAGCCGAGCCGGCCAUGCACGGGCAUCCCCAAGCCGCUGCGCAUCAAGCUAGAGCCGGAGACGGAGCAGUGCGUGCCGACCGAGCCACGCUCCGCAAUGCAGAAGGUUCCCUCCAUCAGCGAUCUUACAGACGACUCCUCGAUACACGAUACAACGAGUGCGGUUCCACCCCUCACACCUGGAACCAAUCAGAAGAUGUCACAAGCAAUAGCUGUCACCUUUUCUAGCUUUGAAAAGGAAAGAGAGCGGUGCAACAUUCCAAAAGAUCCGCGUGAAUGGACAGAGCUGCACGUACAGCAGUGGCUCUGCUGGGCCGUGCGCGAGUUCUCGCUGCAAGAAGUCGUCGUGUCGAACUUCACGAUGCGAGGCAUCACGCUCUGCGGCAUGGGCAAGGAGGCAUUCUUCGCCCGCGCGCCGCCCUACGUCGGGGACAUACUGUGGGAGCAUUUGGAAAGGCUUCAGAGCGAUUCGGAGAAGGAUCGGGCUUCACUCGAAAACGUGCCGUCGAACUUUUACGAGUCUUCCGUGUGCGGACCGGAGUUCAACGAGUUCUUCCAGGAGGGGUAUCAGCAACAGCAGCAGCAGCAGCAACAACAACAACAGCAGCAGCAACAGCAACAGCAGCAGCAGCAGCAGCAGGAGCACAAUAAGAUCCACAAUAUUACGUCUAUGCCGAGCCACCAGCCGUUCGUUCACGAAAGUCACACAUAUCAGUUAUCGGACAGCAUGCACACGCUGAACGAUAUCAAUUCGGAGGAGGCGUUGAUCAUGCCUGGAUACGAUGACUCCAGCGAGUAUCACGGUCUGGAGGGUCCGCCGCCGACCAACGGUUACCUGGAGGGAAGUCCGAAUGAGUUCUACAGUAGGCACACACCACUGUUGCAACAGGAGCAGAAAUAUAGACCAACCUACCAGCGACAUCAUCAAAAUAUGUACAGAGGGCCCUGCGAAGCGCCGCACAUGAUGGAACACCAGGGCCGCUUCCAGGGCAUCUACGAGCCGCCAUUCCAGACGGUUCCGUCAUCGAUGAGUGAGGGAUGGCCGACGGCGGACGGCAUGGUCGGCAUGGCGACGCAGCAGACGGGCGGAUACGCACCGCUGCGAGACAUGCUGCAGCACGGCGGCGGCAGCGGCGCCGGUGGAGAGUCGAAGCCGGUCAUACAGGCGGCAGCCCUCGCCGGAUACUCAGUCGUUGCCUCUCUGAUGCCCUCAGGCAGUGGACCAAUACAGCUGUGGCAGUUUCUGCUGGAGCUGCUCACGGAUAAGAGCUGCCAGCACUUCAUCGCGUGGACGGGCGACGGCUGGGAGUUCAAGUUGUCCGACCCGGACGAGGUGGCACGGCGCUGGGGAAUCCGCAAGAACAAGCCAAAAAUGAACUACGAGAAGCUGUCGCGGGGGUUGAGGUACUAUUAUGACAAGAACAUCAUCCACAAGACUGCGGGUAAGCGCUACGUGUACAGAUUCGUCUGUGACCUGCAGAGCUUGCUAGGAUUCACGCCAGAGGAGCUGCAUCGCCUCGUCGACGUCAAACCAGAGCCGAAGGAAGCCGAGUGAACAUGUGCAUGCGGUGCGUGCGGUUCACGCGGUAUGUUCUUUGCGAGGGACGCCGAGUGAACGUGUGCGUGUAGUGGCAUGUUCCUUGCUCAGUGGGAGGGACGCUGGACCGUUCGUUCGAUUGUUCGAGAGCGCUCGUGCGGACGGGAUGUACAUACGCUGCGUCGUCGGAACGCCGACGUCGGGACGUGAGGGGACGUUAUCGCGGACGUCGCAUUGAGCCCGCAGACGCAUCGAACGCCGAAAAACAGUGUGAGCGUCGCUCGCUCGAUCGCGGCGCGGAGUCGGGAGCCGGACACUUCUCUUGCGUCGAAGUUUUGCGAAGGACGGAGACGGACGCUGGCGUCGCACGCGCAGCGGUACGACCGAAGCUUGCUGGACAAAUGUGUGCGAGCGGGCCGGCGCGGCGAGUGGAAUCGUCGUCGCCAGAGGGGAGCACCUGGCAUGCUGCUGCCUCCGAAGAUCGCUUUACCGGCUCUGUCGUGCACCAGGCGUGCGCGGUUACCGUCGUGGUGCACAUCUCGAGGGAGAAGGAUGCGCGUGAGUGGCACAAGAAUGACCACGAAUAUAAGCAGGAGGCUGCGAAAGAUUUAAAAAAAAACUGUGAAAGCGCCAGUUUGUCGAGGAAAAUUGGUCUAUUUUCUUUUUUUGUUCACGCUGAGACUGGUCUGUGAUACAUGCUACUGUUUCUCAGUGUUGUCUGUGCCACUGUUGCGACUGGAACUUGGGGGGCGGGAGUCG